UGUUGGUGGGUCUUAAGAUGGCUGACGGGCGGCCGGCUCCGGACCGUCGCUGUACCCGGGAAAGAGCUGCAGUUAAUGGGAGUGUCAGCAAGCUAGACAUCCUACAUCAGAAUCUGCGGCGCUUAGCGCUUAGUUCUGGGCCGGGAGGGGACUCUUCCCGUUUUGGGGAUCGGAGUGUGGCGCUGCUGCCGGCGAGCCUGCAGAGGACCGGGUUGUGCAGCCAAGCAAGAAAAGUGUACCUUUCUAGAGCCACCCUCUCUCUGUCUUGAACCGUAUUAACACAAGAGGGGGCAGACAACUCAGCGGAAAAGCUUUCCAUCCUUCCAUGUUAUUCCUAAGAAAAGAUGUGGAGUGGGCUGCUCCCUCCCGGCCUAAAUGAAAGUGAUGUUGAGUUGGAUUCUGACGAUGAUGAAGCCACAUUAGAGAGCUCUGGACUUAACUUACAGGAAGGGAAAGAAGAUGGGACCAUUACAGAAACAGAGAUCUCAGAUAUCCCUACAAAUGGACCAAAAACUGAAGCAGAGGCAAAUGUAAAUGCGUACGAAGAGUGUCCUUCUGGAAUUCCCUUAAAUAUGUGGAAUAAAUUUCAAGAACUGCAUAAAAAACAUUCUGAACAGAAAACCUCAAAUUCAACAAUCAGAAGGAAAAAAAGAAAACGCUCCAGAAAAGAUAAAUUGAAGAAUGAAGAAGACUCUCAUAAUGAACAGUCCAAAAGUGAAACCCAGUGGAAGGAACUCACCCAGUAUUUUGGAGUCAAUGAUAGGUUUGACCCCCCUGUUAAAAAGAAAAAAGUUGAAAAGUCGGGCCUUGAGAAGAGCAUAGACCAAGCCGUGGAAGAGUGGAACAUUGAGAAGGCCGAGGAACUCAGCAACCAGCUAGCGACUCGAGAGCUUGGUGUAAAAAUUGCCAAAGCAAUUGCCUGCCACAACUUUGUGAAAGCCAAAAAAGAUGCUGAAAAUUCACAGGUUGCUCGAAAAAAGAAGAAACUUGCCUGGGGGUUUGAAGCAAAGAAGAGGUGGGAAACCAAAAGUAACAUGGGGUAUAUGUGACUUGUCAGAAUUCCUCAAGACCUUCAAGACUUCUCCCUUGAAUCUUCAGUUGCUCAAUUGACUGAAAAAAAUUUUCCUGCUUCUGUUAACUAUAUCAGGAAAUUGAUGGAAGUAGAAAAAAUAAGCAUAACAUUUGGGAGUUGAUUAUCAAAUCUUUUUCAGUCUUUUUCUAAAGAGUUCAUCCUAUUGAAGUAAAUGACAUGGAGAAUUCUGUUAUUUGUACAGGAAAUUUAAGCAUACAUAUGGAGGGAAAAGAUAGGAUUUUAUUUCUUUGUUUAUCUGGACCUCCAGGAUAAAAUCAAUUUUACUUUUCAUCCAUUUGGUGUAGCAUAGCCAAAGAGCUCCUCGUGCUUUCUUAUCUGUACUCAGUGUAACUACACUCAUUCUGGAGUUAUUCUGGAGUUUUUAAGAUUGUCAUUUGUUUGUAAUGGAUUAGUCAUAAGUGCAAGAAAGUCUCAAUUGAUAAUGAGACUUUUCCAAUUUGUAAGUCACUUUACAAACAACUUUAAUUAUCUUAAUGUUAUCAAAGUAAUUAUUGAUUCUUUAUUAGAGGCAGUAGCAUUGAUAUUUCACAGUCACAUAAUAAAAGCAAUUGAUUAAUUUCUGUGUACUUUCAGAUUAAGUAUCACAGUUUUAAGAAAUGACAGAAUGUAGUGUUUGAAGGAUGAUUUAAAUUCCAGUUCUCUGCCUGGAAAUGUCUUCUUAAAUCUCUCUCUCGCCUCUGUCAUUUAAAUUAUGAGAUGGUUCUUAGAGGAGAAAUUGGUGUGAUAUUGUUAGUUAUAACUCAAGACAGUGUAACUUUGAACUUCUAAGAACGUUGGCUUGAUUGUUUUUACUCCUCUUCCCCAUUAAUCCUGGAAAGAUUGAAUGAAUGAAUGAAUGAAUGAUGAAGGGGAUUGCUUCCCUGAGAAGUAGUUUUCAUCAGAAGUGUGCUUUGAGAAAUCAUGUCACAAGCUGGUGGACGAGACCACGGCUGGAAGUUGUGAUUUUUUGGGCAGGUCUUUGGUGUUCUGACACCUCCUUCUUGGUGCUCAGCAGAGGGAAAGAACUGCUUUUGGUGGGUUUUCAUUAAUUCACUUCCCUUCAUCAGAGGUUUUCUAGCCAUCUAAUACAGACUUUCUCUAGGCUAAUAAUAUGAAUUCAGGAACAUAGAAGAUGAGUCAUGAUUGUAAUUAUAUUAUUAGUAGUAGUAUUUUGUUACUUUUAGACUUACAAUUAAUAACCAAAUUUUACUAAUUAUGAUGACAUAUUUAAUGGGGUUUUUUCCUUUGUUUUGGACUAAGUCAGCAACUAGUUGCUAUUCAAGAGAGCAAAAAUCAUAUCAUGUAAUAAAGAAGGCAAGAUUUUAGGAGAUAGUGUAUCUGCUUAUAGAAUUAAUUCAUCAUGAAAAGAUGUUCAGACCAAAUAUUGGGAAAUCUUUACAUUUCUGCUUAAACAUUCCUUUGUUGGGGUCUGUAGGUAUAAUCAUACACAACUUACCUGCACCAUCUUAUUUUGCACUCCUAAGAGGUGAAUAAAACUUAGAGUAUAGG